AUGGUGAAGGAUAAGACGCUGGCCAUGGAGCGCGAAGAAAUCAUCUGUGAAGGGGAAGGGCAGAGCGUCAAGCCGGGGCGGUUCUUCGUCGCGGAUCCCAACGACACCACUCGGGUUCACCCGGAGGAUAUCUCGGAGGAGAUGUUGGAAACGCAGCUGAGGUGCAUCACUGGCAGCAAGGACAACCCCAGAGGGUCCCGGAGGAUCGUUCCUCUCAGCGACCAGUAUGAGGUCGACAAGUCGACUGACGAUUAUCUUGCUUGUUGUUCUUCAAGAGAUAGUCGAGUGGUACUCGAGAUGCCGAACGGCGCACAGCAGCCGAGCGAGGACGGAGAAGGAGGGAGCACGGAGGAGAGCGGCGAAAGCGGCGGCGAGGAGGAAGGGAGCAGCGACGACCAGAGUGAGGAAGACGACGCCGACUCCCCACCUCGUAAGGCCGUUCGGACCAAAUUCGCCCAUGACCCGCUAAACGAACGUAGCAAGGUUGCUCCGUCGACUAGCCGGUUGCCCAAACGCCCUCGACCAGUCUCCCCGACGCCGACUGAAAAGGUGCUAAAGCGCCAGAAAGUUUCAUCGUCCAAGCCUGCCGAAGCUUUACCAAGGAUCAAAGUGAUCGUCCCCACUGUCUCUACUCCUGCAACCUCGGAUAUCUCUGGCCCGAAGAACAAGGGUGAAGAAACGGAGGACGCCGCCACCUCCAACCUAGCUCCGCGUCAAAUUAUCAACCUCCCCGACGACGAUGAUGAAGCGCCCCUGGUCACUCGGAAGGACAGGAGAGCAGCAGCGGGGAAGGCGAUUCAGUCGACGCCUGUUGUGGAGUCGGCGCCUCAGGAGGGAGGCGACGUCAGUCGACCCGCGGUCGCCAUUGUUGAACCUUUGACGAGUAUCCAGCCUUCGUCAUCGACUGCGCCGUCGAUUGUGCCGCCUCCGACCGAAACUCCUUCACUCUUCGCUGCACACCAUGUCCCUGAGGACCAAGUGGAGGCUGCCAAGGAAGCCAUACGCCAAGCAGGUCUGAUGAUGGAGCAGAUGAAGGUGGUUCGAGAGGCUAGCCAAGCGGCCUACGACGCCAGUUCAGCCUUUCAAAGCAACGUCCAGAAAUCUUGUGAGCUCGGGGCUCGUUAUGCUGAGCUGGAGAAGAAGCAGAUCGAGCUCAACCUGGACCUGAAACUUGACCAGGAGAAUCUGAAGAAAGCCCAAGACGGAGCGGUUGAGAAAAUGAAGGAAGCUCUGGAAAAGAAGGACCGUGACCUGGCUGAGGCGCAGAAGGCGGCACUUGAAAAGACGAAGCUUGCCGAAGAGAAGCUCGCCUCAGUCGGGAAGCUUGAAGAGGAAAAUGCCAAACUGAAAACUGCACUUGAGGAGGCCAACAAAGAAUGGACUCGACUGAAGAAGGACAAGGACGCCCUGCCAGACAAAGCCAGUGAACUGUCGCAGAAAAGGCAGGAGCUGGAGGUUUAUCUGAGUGGGCAUGCUCAAAAACUGUCUCUCAUGCUUGAAGAAUUUUGUCCAAACUUUGAAGAAGAGACUGGGCGAGUGGAGACAAGCUUGGACCCCAUCAACUCCCCCAUCAAAGACGAAGCUGCCAUGCAUGUGCUCCGACUGGAGUCUCGUCUGUCGAGCGUGGCUGACUACAUCGCCCGACUGAAAGUGGCAGUUUCCCGAGCCGACUCAACUCUCUGGCCCAACACUACCCUUCAGAACGACCUGGAGUCUUUGAUGAUCCAACUCAACCAGAUCCCUGACCGAGUGCUGGAGUGGAAAAAAUCUUCUGCUCGCUGCGGGGCUGAUGUGGCUUUGUCUCUAGUCCGGGUCCACUGUAAGGACGUGAAGGAAGAUAAGCUCGCUGCGCUCCAGGUCGCAAACACCAAGAAACUCAACUUCCAGUCCUUCCUGGAGACUUUCAUAGACGCAGCCACUCGGAUCGCGGACGUAAUCGACCUGGAUGAGUUUGUGGAACCUGCCAGUCCUCCCGCUGCGGAGUGA